AUGAAUCUUCGCGGUGGAUUGGCGAUACCUUUCUUCAUACUUGCGGUUGUCGACUGCGCGAUACUGAGAAUCGUGCAAGAAAAUCAUUUCUCCUGCGGAUGUCCAGCAGUGUCGCACAGGCAGCCACGUGCGAUUCUGUCAGAGAGAAACGUCACUUCCUCUUCUGUGGAUGGACAAAAGUAUGUUGGGACCACGACAGGACGAAUAUUCAAUGGGAAACCAAGCAAACGGGGAUCUUGGCCCUGGCAAGUAUCACUACAACUUCUCCAUCCGAAGUUAGGAUUCAUCGGUCACUGGUGCGGCGGCGUUCUCAUCGAACCCACUUGGGUCGUCACGGCUGCUCAUUGCAUUCAUAACGAGCUUUUUAAUUUGCCAAUCGGUGCACUAUGGACGGCUGUCGUUGGAGAAUGGGAAUUGGACUCUGGUGGACGUGGCUCAGCAAGACUACCUGUUGAACGGGUGAUCCUCCAUGAGAGAUUUAACAAUUACGUGCAUGAUAUUGCAUUGAUGAAGCUAGCUAGACCAGCUCCUUUAUCCAAAGUGGUACGAACAAUAUGUUUACCGGAACCGGAAGAGAAGCUUGCGAAUGGACAAUGCGUCGCUUCUGGCUGGGGUCGAUAUGGUCCUUCUCAGUCACUUUCUACUGCACUUUUAGAAGCAUCAGUGCCAUUACUAGAUCUCGAGAAAUGCAUGAAAGCUUAUGGAAAAUCGGUUCCGAUUCGGAGCGGCCAUCUUUGUGCGGGUCACACUGAUGGCUCGUCCGGAAGUUGCGUGGGUGAUUCUGGAGGACCAUUGCAAUGUCGUCGUGCAGACGGAGUGUGGCAAUUGGCAGGCGUCAUUUCUUUUGGAUCAGGAUGUGCCAGGCCGGGAUAUCCUGAUGUCUACACUAAAAUACAGUAUUACGUAAAAUGGAUAAGAAAUGCAAUGAACAGUGACGAUGAUACGCAAUUUCUAUAA